UAUCGUUCAAUCGAUAUCGGUAAAGCGUACCAGUGCCUUAUGAUGUUGUAUUGGUACAAGCAAUCGCCUGCACUGGAAAGGAACCCAAGGAUAUCACCAGAACUCUGCACAGUUAACCGACCAAAGAAGCAUUGAGGGCCACCGUCACCCGCCAUUACGUUCAGUCGUACUUCCGUAUUAUGAUGGCUGAGAAAAGGAAUUGGACGUACCCAAGAGCUCGGUGAAUCACUCCCAGCAGAUCGACGCAUCGACAGACCAAUCAAAAUGCAGCAGAUAUUCUCCUGGUUGCUGUCCCUACUCAUAGUAUUAUUGUGUAACGUGGCCAAGACGGAAAGGCAACAGGGUCUAGCCAUUAGAACCAAUAAAGAGAAUGAUUCAACACUGUAUUUUUCACACUUUUUCUCUCGAAACCUAUUAUUUCAAAAAACCCGGAGGGGCGGGGGAACGAUUGGCUGUUACAUGUGCUCAUCCUACAACUAUUCCGAUCCAAGCUGUCACGAUCCAUUCGACCCCGCCUACAGCGUUUACAGGGAAAAGUGUUUUCAAGGCAAGGAUGGCCAUACGGGGGAAUUUCCAGCGUCGUACUGCAUCAAGAUAAAGGGAAUUCGAACAACCGAUGGCGUUGAGCUGGUAAUCCGGCGGUGCUCGUUAACCCGAUUAACCGAUCUUGACAACAAAAUCGGUCUUUUCCAAUGGGAAGAUCACAUUUAUGACGGGUGGCUCAACACUUGUGUGAUAGACGGUUGCAACUCGGCCCAGACAAUACAUGUUCAUCCAGUUUUAUUCACGUGCUGGAUUCUAACAACGCUACUUUUGCAACGACUGACGGAGUUGAGCUGAUCAUCCGGCGAUGCUCUCUUCGCCGAUUAACAGAACUUGACAGCAAAAUCGGUCUUUUCCAAUGGGAAGAGCAUGUUUAUGAUGGGUGGCUCAACACUUGUGUGAUCGACGGUUGCAACUCGGCCCAGACAUUACAUGUUCAUCCAGUUUUAUUCACGUGUUGGAUUCUAACAACGCUACUUUUACAAGUGUGUAAACGUUGGACUUAAUUGACGUCAUGUAAUUAACGUGAUUGACAGUUAAUUAAGUGUAUUUCUGUACGUUUCAGUUCGAUGGGACCAGUUGAAGGGUCGCAACGCAAAACACUUGAAAUGAUAAAAAUAUCGGUGUGAAAGCAAGUUUUCUCUUCCGGGAAAGUGUCCAAUGUCGGAUCUGAGGCCAGAAUUAGAAUGCCCACGAGAAAUGUGGUGUCGAUUCUCAAGGUUGAACCGUACGAGCACUGUAACACCUGUAGAACGUUAACUUAGAUACACUUGUAAUGACAGAACUGCGCUUUAGUGACAACGAAAAUUUAAAGAAAUUGAAUAUUAAUUGAAGAUCGAUGCUUAAUCAACCAACUCCAAGUGAGAUAUGUUGCUUUGCUUGCGGCCCUUCAGUGAAAGCAGAUGGCGUCGGUGUCCAAAGAAUAUUGAAUUGGACGACUGUUGUAGAAUGCUAUGUUUGUAUUUUUCAGUCUUCGACGGUCUUGAGGUGGUGUUUCGGCGCUGCUCGCUGGAGAGACUAACGGAGCUGGACAGCAAGAUUGGUCAAUUUAGAUACGAAGGCCACGAGUUCCGCGGCUUUCUCGGUACAUGCGUUGUUGACGGGUGUAACGCCGGGAAUAAACUGCACCUCAACCCGCUGUGGUGUCUCCUUGGGUUGAUUGGAACAUUUCUCUACAGAGUGGCUAACCAUUGGAUAUGAUCGAUAACAGAGACUUUGUUCUUUGUUUUUGUUGUGAUGUUUUAUUUAUUGGACGAAAGAUCUAAUUGGUAACCAUCUUCACCAUAAGGUGGCUUCACCUUGAAAACGGGCAGAGUAUUGAUGUAGGGCGAACGGCGGCGAACGGUGUGCAAAGAGAAAGAUACGAAAUACUUCCCACUUGCAAGAUGUUUGGACGAUAACACCGCUCGUACCAACAGUUACCGUUUUAGGCCCUUGACCUUCUUAGAGAAGACCGAGACUAAGGAAACCCUUCACCAAUAACCGCAGCCAUUGUGACGCAGAUCAUGGUUGUGUGUUCCUACCACGCCGUUGCCGAAGAACAGGCGUAGUGCGCCGAACAGUUCGUUUUCUGAAAAACGCCAUCUGCUUGUGGUUGCUUGAACUGUCAUUGUAGCUAUGAGGAUAUGGGUUACCUUGUAAGAAAUGAUUGGUCUUCUUUUCGUUCGCUAGAAUUGUUGAUACGAGAGACCGAUAGGUGGUGAUAAUUAAUAAUCUUGUUGCGCAAAGUCAAAUAUUGUAGAUAUAUACUUGUGCUUAGGCAUUGUACACACGAGUUUGUGAUCGUCGCGUUGAGGAAAGAGAAAUGUUUGGUCAGUGCUGAAGCUCCAAUUAUUAUCAAAACGAUGCGUGAUUGAAACAAACGGUUAGUUAGUAUUGGUCAGUUAUUGGGAUAGAGACAAAUAUUCUUACUUAAUGCUUGUGGGGAACCCUGACAAGGUUAUAUGGGGACAAGUAUCUAGACAUCAUCAACUUGUCCGGUUGAAACAGACAUGGAAGCGGGAUAUUCUGCCUGGCCCACAAAAGUUUUUUUCGGAAUCCCUGCGAAAACGCACCGGAAUUAGACAUUUUCUUCUUUAAGCUUGUGUUGACAUGGUUUCAUUUGCAAUUGGACUGAGGUAUGUACCGGUCCAAAUAAGGCUGGGGCUGGUUGAUAACUUGUAUAUAUGAUGUAAAUCACCUCCAAAUUCAAUUUAAUGUCAUCAUUGAAGAGAUGUCUGUUCGUCUGAUCGGGUCUGAUGGUCUAGUCUGGUCUUACCUGGCUAAAUACUCGCGGACCGACAAAAGGAUUAUUGAAACUGUUCUAGCCAUGAUAUUUGUAUAUAUUUUAGGUAAUCGUAUAUGUUUUCUAGUAACCAUCACACAGAGCAUGUUUUAUUUGGCUGAUUUGCCAAACUCUCGAUGUUUAAGUGACAUGCAUGGAUGUGUCAACGGCAAUUAUGCCGAUCUAUCGGCGUGUGGGUCAGCUUAUCCUUCCUUGACGGAGAAGACGGAGACUUUUGGACUGACGCGCACCGCCGAUAAAUCGGCAUGACCCACGAGUAAAAUGCUGUAGUCCGACUCCCAUAUAUGCUGGGUUCACGUACAGUUCACGUUUUCACUUGUAACGGUGGACAGUAACCACGCGAGAGAAACAUCUUUGAAAACCUUUGGAUGAGGCUUUAAUUAUUGAAUCGUUUUCUUUCAAUUCGAGAUGUCUGAUAAUUCAUUAAAAACUAUAUCUAUUUAUUGGUAUACAUUUCAUGUAUUUUGAUUCAGGUUGUAUAUAUUUUGAUUGGCAAAGCUAAGUGCUCUUUAAGCAAAAACCUUGAAAAAUGAGUGACGGCUUUCACCAUUGAGUUUAAGAUAGGACAAUGAUUUCCAUCGAAAACGGUUGGUGCAAGUGCAUGUGUAAUUUGAAGAGGUUUAUCGUCCGCAGACUAGCGAUUUUUUUUCUUUAAGCAGUAAGCAGAUAUUGAGCGAGGCCUGUCCAGUUACUCGACAAUAAGUUGUUGCCCUGGUGUGGCCUUGAGUCAAGUUGGUCUAUUUCUCAUUGUCUAAAUGCGCCAGGGACUUAUCUUCAGCUGCCGAGGGUGGAUUCGUGGAAAUUUCUCCGGCUUCUAAACUGAGCAGAAUGCAAAAAUGUAACGACAGUGUGAGACAAGAAGGACAAAAGACUUAGCAUAGUUCCUAUUUCUUUCCUCAAUAAAGAAAAUGUCCAUCGUUUCAAUAUGUUUGUUGUUGUUGUCUUAAGGUUUUUAUUAUCAUACAAUAUGUAGAUAUUUUGAGAAAGUAAAGAAACACCUCAUAUUUCA